AUGCCAUCCUCUGAGGCAGUGAAUGAUAAGACAUUACCGAGCGUUCAGGAGCUUGCCAAAGAGCCCCUGAUUGCCAUCCCACGCCACUAUGUUCAAGCUCAUCAAGAACCUACUGCUCUCUCUGAUAGCUUUUCCUUGCCAAUAGUUGACAUGAAAAACUUGAUUAUAGGAGAAGCCAAGGAUUUAGAACUGGAAAAUUUGCACUCAAUCUGCAAAACCUUGGGCAUCUUUCAGGUGGUGAACCAUGGAGUUAGCUCUUUGCUGGUUGAAAAACUGAAACAUGAUAUUGAAGAGUUUUACAAGCUUCCUGUGGAAGAGAAAUUCAAGGUGAAGCCUGGUGAUGUUGAAGGGGAUACAAUUGAGUCUUAUCUAUCAGAGCUGCAAAAACUUGCCAUGACUAUCUUUGGAUUGAUGGCAGUAGCACUAAAGAUUGAUAAGAGAGAGAUUGAAGAGAUGUUUGAGGAUGGGAUGCAAGCAGUGAGGAUGAAUUACUAUCCUCCAUGCCCACAAUCAGAGCUAGUGACGGGCUUCAAUCCUCACUCAGAUGCUACUGGAAUUACAAUCCUCCUAGAAAUCAAUGGAGUGGAAGGCUUCCAAAUUAAAAAGGAUGGAGUUUGGUUUCCUAUUAAGUUCCUCCCAGAUGCCUUUGUUGUCAAUGUGGGAGACGUUUUUGAGGGCAAAUUCAUAGUGUGUCGAAUUUAA